AUGUCAGCAUCGUUGGAGCUGGAGGGUGGGAUUGAACCCCCGUCUUGGACCUUCUCAGAUGCUCACUGGGAUUAUGGCGCGUGUUUAGAGCGUGUCAGGACGCUGGUUCGAUCCCACCAUACUACUCCAAUGCCGCUGCCUGCCCCACAGUCGCUGCCUGCCCCACAGUCGCUGCCUGCUCCACAGCCGCUGCCUGCCCCGCAGCCGCUGCCUGCCCCACAGUCGCUGCCUGCUCCACAGCCGCUGCCUGCCCCGCAGUCGCUGCCUGCUCCACAGUCGCUGCCUGCCCCACAGUCGCUGCCUGCUCCACAGCCGCUGCCUGCCCCGCAGUCGCUGCCUGCCCCGCAGCCGCUGCCUGCCCCACAGUCGCUGCCUGCCCCACAGUCGCUGCCUGCUCCACAGCCGCUGCCUGCCCCGCAGCCGCUGCCUGCCCCACAGUCGCUGCCUGCACCACAGCCGCUGCCUGCACCACAGUCGCUGCCUGCUCCACAGCCGCUGCCUGCUCCACAGCCGCUGCCUGCCCCGCAGCCGCUGCCUGCCCCACAGUCGCUGCCUGCUCCACAGCCGCUGCCUGCUCCACAGUCGCUGCCUGCUCCACAGUCGCUGCCUGCCCCACAGUCGCUGCCUGCUCCACAGCCGCUGCCUGCUCCACAGCCGCUGCCUGCUCCACAGUCGCUGCCUGCCCCACAGUCGCUGCCUGCCCCACAGUCGCUGCCUGCACCACAGCCGCUGCCUGCCCCACAGCCGCUGCCUGCCCCACAGCCGCUGCCUGCUCCACAGUCGCUGCCUGCCCCACAGUCGCUGCCUGCUCCACAGCCGCUGCCUGCUCCACAGCCGCUGCCUGCUCCACAGCCGCUGCCUGCUCCACAGCCGCUGCCUGCCCCACAGCCGCUGCCUGCUCCACAGCCGCUGCCUGCUCCACAGCCGCUGCCUGCCCCACAGCCGCUGCCUGCCCCACAGCCGCUGCCUGCCCCACAGCCGCUGCCUGCUCCACAGCCGCUGCCUGCUCCACAGCCGCUGCCUGCCCCACAGUCGCUGCCUGCUCCACAGCCGCUGCCUGCUCCACAGCCGCUGCCUGCUCCACAGCCGCUGCCUGCCCCACAGCCGCUGCCUGCUCCACAGCCGCUGCCUGCUCCACAGCCGCUGCCUGCUCCACAGCCGCUGCCUGCCCCACAGUCGCUGCCUGCCCCAAAGUCGCUGCCUGCUCCACAGCCGCUGCCUGCUCCACAGCCGCUGCCUGCACCACAGCCGCUGCCUGCUCCACAGCCGCUGCCUGCCCCACAGUCGCUGCCUGCACCACAGUCGCUGCCUGCUCCACAGCCGCUGCCUGCUCCACAGCCGCUGCCUGCACCACAGCCGCUGCCUGCUCCACAGCCGCUGCCUGCCCCACAGUCGCUGCCUGCACCACAGUCGCUGCCUGCUCCACAGCCGCUGCCUGCACCACAGCCGCUGCCUGCUCCACAGCCGCUGCCUGCCCCACAGUCGCUGCCUGCACCACAGUCGCUGCCUGCUCCACAGCCGCUGCCUGCUCCACAGCCGCUGCCUGCACCACAGCCGCUGCCUGCUCCACAGCCGCUGCCUGCACCACAGUCGCUGCCUGCACCACAGUCGCUGCCUGCCCCACAGCCGCUGCCUGCACCACAGUCGCUGCCUGCACCACAGCCGCUGCCUGCACCACAGUCGCUGCCUGCACCACAGUCGCUGCCUGCACCACAGUCGCUGCCUGCCCCACAGUCGCUGCCUGCCCCACAGUCGCUGCCUGCACCACAGCCGCUGCCUGCCCCACAGUCGCUGCCUGCACCACAGCCGCUGCCUGCCCCACAGUCGCUGCCUGCCCCACAGCCGCUGCCUGCCCCACAGUCGCUGCCUGCCCCACAGUCGCUGCCUGCCCCACAGUCGCUGUCUGCCCCACAGUCGCUGCCUGCCCCACAGUCGCUGCCUGCCCCACAGUCGCUGCCUGCCCCACAGCCGCUGCCUGCCCCACAGCCGCUGCCUGCCCCACAGUCGCUGCCUGCCCCACAGUCGCUGCCUGCCCCACAGUCGCUGCCUGCCCCACAGUCGCUGCCUGCACCACAGCCGCUGCCUGCACCACAGCCGCUGCCUGCACCACAGCCGCUGCCUGCACCACAGCCGCUGCCUGCACCACAGCCGCUGCCUGCACCACAGUCGCUGCCUGCACCACAGUCGCUGCCUGCCCCACAGUCGCUGCCUGCCCCACAGUCGCUGCCUGCCCCACAGUCGCUGCCUGCCCCACAGUCGCUGCCUGCCCCACAGUCGCUGCCUGCACCACAGUCGCUGCCUGCACCACAGUCGCUGCCUGCCCCACAGUCGCUGCCUGCCCCACAGUCGCUGCCUGCCCCACAGUCGCUGCCUGCCCCACAGUCGCUGCCUGCCCCACAGUCGCUGCCUGCCCCACAGUCGCUGCCUGCCCCACAGUCGCUGCCUGCACCACAGUCGCUGCCUGCACCAGAGUCCCCGCCCACACGUGAGGGUCAAGCCACCUACCAUCCUCCUCAUUGUGCUGGGUCCUCAACCGUCAAACUCCGUUGCAGAGAAUGA